AUGACCAAGAUACUGCCCACAUCGUUCAAGGGUAUCCGCGCCGUGGUGUUCGACAUGGACGGAACCCUGUGCCUGCCCCAACCAUGGAUGUUCCCAGCAAUGCGAGAGUCUGUGGGACUCACAGACAAAUCGAUGGACAUCCUGACCUUCAUCGAGAAGGCCCCCUCGUCACUCGAGCGCGAACAAGCAUUGCAGCGAAUCGAAGCAGUCGAAGCGAAGGCAAUGCGCGAGAUGAUACCGCAGCCAGGUCUAGUUCCGCUCAUGAAAUAUCUCUCACUGAAAAAUUUGAGCAAAAACGUCCUGACAAGAAACCUGCUACCUCCUGUCACGCAUCUCAUUACAAGUUACAUCCCAAUCGAGUACAGACACUUUGAUCACAUAAUCACAAGAGAGUUCAAGCCCCCCAAGCCCAGUCCGGAACCAUUGCUUCACAUUGCCGGUUUACUCUCGCUGGCUCCAGACCAGAUAAUGAUGGUGGGUGACUCCUAUGACGACAUGAAGAGCGGUCGUCAGGCAGGCUGUGUCACUGUGCUACUAAGAAACCCCGCCAACAGCCCAAUGCUAGAUCACGGGGAGCAUUCCUCCUUGAUAGACGUCGCAGUGGACGACCUCUCUGAAAUCAUAUCUUUGAUAGACUGA